GUGAGCACUUCAGGAUCAGUAUCGCAGGUGAGGUGAGGGAAUAAACAUGGCCUGUGACGCUCUCCUGCCUAGUGUGGAUCAGUUGGAGUACGUGUUGACUGUGGUGGGUGUGCUGUGUGUAGGGAAGGCAGCUCUCCGUGGUAUCUGGGUGAUUGUUAUUGGCGUAAGAGCUCACUUCUGCUCCAGGCUGUGGGAUAAACGACUCGUGGACGUUUAUGGCAAGUGGGCAGUGGUAACGGGCUCCACGGACGGCAUAGGCAAGGCAUACGCACGGGAGUUAGCCAAGAGAGGUGUCAACAUUGUCCUCAUCUCACGGAACCUGGACAAGCUGAAGAAUGUUGCCCGGGAAAUAGUUGAAGACUAUGGAGUCGAGACUGACGUCAUACAGGUAAACUUUUGUGAUGGUUUACCUAUCUAUGACGUCAUUAAGAAACACCUGGCCAAUAAGGACAUCGGGAUCUUGGUCAACAACGUAGGAAUGAGCCUCACCUGCCCUAUGAAGUUUAACCAGGUAACAGAGAGUAGCAUAUGGGGCCACGUCAAUGUAAACAUGGCCUCAGUACCCGCCAUGACCCACCUCCUACUGCCGGGGAUGUUAACGAAGGGGAGAGGAGCCGUAGUAAACAUUGCCUCCAUAACUGCCAUAUAUCCUGCUCCACUACUUGGUAUAUAUGCUGCCAGUAAGAGCUUCGUGGACAGCUUCUCACAGGGGCUAGAGUGGGAGUGCAGGGGGUCAGGGGUCACCAUCCAGACCCUCACCCCGGGGCUGGUCACCACUAACAUGACCAAGUUCUCCAGCCUCCUGCACAAAACAAAUGUGUUCAGUCCCUCCCCCGCCACCUUCGCCUACCACGCCGUCAACACGCUGGGUUAUGCUCGUCGGACAACAGGCUACUGGGCUCAUGGUAUACAGCUCUUCGUAUUGGAGAACUUCUUCAACCAGUGGUUCUACAUGCACGGCUGUUCUCUCUUAAUGCACUACGUGGCGAAGAACAAGAAGAACAAAUAGACGCUGGCAUAAUAGACUUAAGAACAUAAGAAUGGAGGAAACUGCAGCGGGCAUAUUGGCCCAUACUGGGCAGUCCCG